AUGUCAACCUUCCAGAUCCACUACUUCUCCACGGCCACCAGCUACACCGGCAAGCAGACGGAGCGCCUGCCCGCGCCCCUACCCCUCGACCAACUAUUCCCGCUCCUGGAGGCGCGGUACCCCGGCAUCACGGCGUCAGUACUCCGCAGCUGCGGCGUCAGCGUGCGCGAGGAGUACGUCGAUGUCGAGGGCGAGGAUGCGAGCACGGUGGUCAUUGGGGCCGGUGAUGAGGUCGCGGUCAUUCCGCCGGGUGUGGAUUGGGGGUAA